AUGCGACCAGCAGAUGCUCCUAUCAGCGUCUCAGCGGCAGUUGAGGCACCACGCUUGGGCUUCGUGGCCUUCGCGGAGCAGCUGGUGGAGAAGUGCGGCUCGCUGGCGCGGGCCUUCGCUUACUUCGACUACAAUCGCACUGGGAAGGUGACUCGCUCUCGCUGGGACUCGGCCCUUUCGACGCUGCACAUCGACUUGCAGGAGCUGUGCGGCCUCCCUUCGAAGCAGGUGUUCAAAAUGAUCGACUGCCUCAACGGGCGUGCGAAGGGCGAGGUGCGCUUGGACGAGUGGAAUCAAUUCUUCCAGAAGCAGUUGCAGGCGCCCGGAGCGCACUCGGCGCCCCAGCAGAUGCCUGCCGCCCAGCGGAAGUGGCUCCCGGAGAGGGAGUGUGGCAUCCAGCGCAGGCGGCGAUGGGAAAGAGGAGCUCGCCGUGGAGCUCUUCAAGGAGUUGGGUGCAGAUGUUCCGGAGGUGACUCCGCCUGCUUCGGCUGGAGCUGGCUCGCGUCCGACGUCCAGGAGGCCUUCGAAGGAGCGGAUGGGUCCGACGUCCAGGAGGCCUUCGAAGGAGACCGCUCCCGUGAGGUCCCGCAGAGCUUCGAAGCUCCGGAGGUGUUGGACGUGCGGCCCGAAGAGGUGAGGAGCGAGCCGACGGCGCGGCUCGAAGCGGCUUUGCCGUCUCCAGAAGUGCCAGAGGGGCAGAGUGAUGGUAAGACUCAAGGCGAAGGUGAGGUCAUCUCGGAGAAAGAGGACGGGACUGCCGAUGCCGGCCAAGUUGCAAGACCUGACGUUCCAGACGCCAAGGGUGCAAGCGAAGAACAUCCUUCGGAAGCAACUCAGCCGGACGAGACUGGUGACCAGUCAGGCCGAAGGUCAAGCGUACCAACCACGGCUGAGGAAUCUGGCAGCCCAGAGACGGCUCACGACGAAGAUGUCGCCAGCGACAGUGGUGAGGAAGGCAACCUCCUGGGGGAUGAGGAAGAGCUUUUGAAGCCUCGCACCACGACGCGGACCUUUCUGGAGGAGUCCGGGCAGGUGUCUGAGGCCCUUCAGCAGGCCCUGCGCAGCGUCGGCGCCCUCGGCGCCUUCGGCGCCGGCGGCGGCGCCGACGGCGGCGACGGCGGCGGCGUGGAGCUCUCGGAGCUCACGGAGGAGGAGCUGCACGCGGUGGCGCUGCACGAGGAGCUGCACUCGGACCUCAAGCAACUGGACCUGGCAGGCAAGGACGCCCUCGCCUACUUGCUGAUCGCGAGGUUCGGGUCCCUGAAGCGCGCCUUCAAGUGGUUCGAUGGCAACCGCAGCGGCAAGGUGAGCCGCGUGGUGUGGGACAGCGGCAUCGUGAUGCUGCACAUCGACCUGGAGCAGCUCACCGGCUUCAAGCGCUCGGAGGUGUUCCAUAUCAUGGACAGAGAUCCGGAGAGCGGGUACAUCUCCUGGAAGAAGUGGACGAAGAAGUUUUUCUCUGCCCUCAACGAGGAGGAUAUGGCCAAGUACAUGCAAGAAAAGGCAGAGGAGAAGGGGACAUUGGCCCAGCGUGCCCGGGUCAAGACCAUCGAGCUCACCACAAAGGCCAAAAAAGCCACCCGCCGGCGCCGGGGCUCGGGGCCCCGGAAGAAGCUGAGCCUCACCGGCGAUGGCCAGUCCAUGCGGAAGCGAGAGGAGGAAGACUGGGACGACGAGUUCCUGGUGCGGCACGACCAGCAGGAGGACGACUUCCGGCAGCGCGCCUUGGAAAACCUCCAGGAACUGGUUCGUGGAGAGGCCAUGAGCUAUGCGGACGAGCGCUUUGUGAAGGUGUCUGAGGACGACGCGGCGGUUGAGGGUGGCGAAGGCCCCGAGGAGUUUCCGGAUUUGACGCCGGAGGAGAAGUGCAAGCUGGUGGAGGAGGUGGCGGAUGAACUGGGGCUCUGGCGGCUUCCCCGGGUCGCUGCGCCCAAGACCCUGAAGCGAUCCGCCACCACCGCCCUGGCCGCGAGCGGCUCGGAGACCGUGCUGGUCUGCCACCUCCACAACUUUGUUGCGGAAACCGAUGCGCAGCUGCAGCAGUUGCAGGGCACCUGCGGAAGUCUGGAGUUCCCGCCAUCGCUGACGCAGAUACAGCGAGUGGUGGUCCAUGCUCUGGCUGCUGAUCGGGGCCUCACCACUGUGUCGGAGGGCUCCGGGCCCGCGCGUCGGCUGGUCGCCUACGACACCGGGGACUUUGUCAGAGACCUCGCCAGGAUGCUGGAAGAUCUUAAGCCUGGGCAGAGCAAGGUGUUGCCGGACAAGCUCUCGCCUGCACAGCGGCGCCUGGUGCACACUAUGGCGAUGGAGAUAGGGCUCACCGUGCGCAGCCAAGGGGUUUCCGGUUUGGAGGUGGCCAACCUGAAAGAGUUCAGAUCCGGCAUCGAGAGCCAGCUGAUGAAAUUGGCCCCCGGCGAGGUCAGGACGUUUCCAUCGACCCUCUCUGACCAGGAGAGCGGCAGGUGGUGGAGGAAGCAGCCCUGCACCUGGGCCUCACAGCUCAUACCGAAGGAGGGCGGACCACCAGACACGUCAGUGUGGGGAACUUGA